UUGGUGCAGCGGCCGUUGGGCUGAGUGCGCUCACCCCACCCCUCCCCUCCUCGGGCCCGGACCCGCCACCCGGCCGGGCGCAGCCCCAACCCCAGCGCCAGCCCCAGCCCCAGCCGGGCCCGUCCCGUGCGGGCCCGUGCCGCCCCCUCAGCCGGCGACGCCCCGGGCCGCCCGCCGGCCCGCCCGCCCGCCACCAUGGAGCUGGAGGACGGUGUGGUGUACCAGGAGGAGCCCGGCGGCUCUGGGGCCGUGAUGUCGGAGCGGGUGUCUGGCCUGGCCGGCUCCAUCUACCGCGAGUUCGAGCGGCUCAUCGGGCGCUACGACGAGGAGGUGGUCAAGGAGCUGAUGCCGCUGGUGGUGGCCGUGCUGGAGAACCUGGACUCGGUGUUCGCGCAGGACCAGGAGCACCAGGUGGAGCUGGAGCUGCUGCGGGACGACAACGAGCAGCUCAUCACCCAGUACGAGCGGGAGAAGGCGCUGCGCAAGCACGCCGAGGAGAAAUUCAUUGAAUUUGAAGACUCUCAAGAACAAGAGAAAAAGGAUUUACAGACCCGAGUGGAAUCUUUAGAAUCUCAAACAAGGCAACUUGAACUCAAAGCAAAAAACUAUGCUGACCAGAUUAGCAGACUUGAAGAAAGAGAAGCAGAAUUGAAGAAGGAAUAUAACGCAUUACAUCAGAGACACACUGAGAUGAUCCAUAAUUAUAUGGAACACUUAGAAAGAACAAAACUUCAUCAGCUCUCAGGGAGUGAUCAACUAGAGUCCACAGCUCAUAGUAGAAUUAGAAAAGAACGUCCUAUAUCACUAGGGAUUUUCCCAUUACCUGCUGGAGAUGGACUGCUUACACCUGACACUCAGAAAGGCGGAGAGACCCCUGGAUCAGAGCAAUGGAAAUUUCAGGAAUUAAGUCAACCACGUUCUCAUACCAGCCUGAAGGAUGAACUUUCUGAUGUUAGCCAAGGAGGAUCUAAAGCUACUACUCCAGCAUCAACAGCUGCAUCAGAUGUGGCCACACUUCCUACUGAUACUCCCUUAAAGGAAGAUAAUGAAGGAUUUGUGAAGGUUGCAGAUACACCAAAUAAAUCAGAGAUAAGCAAGCAUAUUGAAGUACAGGUAGCCCAAGAAACUAGAAAUGUAUCAACAGGCUCUGCUGAAAAUGAAGAGAAGUCAGAAGUUCAAGCGAUCAUUGAAUCCACUCCUGAGUUGGAUAUGGACAAAGAUCUGAGUGGAUAUAAAGGCUCAAGCACUCCCACCAAAGGCAUAGAGAACAAAGCUUUUGAUCGUAAUACAGAAUCUCUCUUUGAAGAACUGUCUUCAGCUGGCUCAGGCCUAAUUGGAGAUGUGGAUGAAGGAGCAGAUUUACUAGGAAUGGGUCGUGAAGUUGAGAAUCUUAUAUUAGAAAAUACACAACUGUUGGAAACCAAACAUGCUUUGAAUGUAGUGAAGAAUGACUUGAUAGCUAAGGUGGAUGAGCUGACCUGCGAGAAGGACGUGCUGCAGGGGGAGCUGGAGGCUGUAAAACUAGCCAAGCUGAAGCUCGAGGAGAAGAACAAGGAGCUGGAGGAGGAGCUUAGGAAAGCUCGUGCAGAAGCCGAAGAUGCACGGCAAAAAGCAAAAGAUGACGAUGAUAGUGAUAUUCCCACAGCCCAGAGGAAGCGGUUUACUAGAGUAGAAAUGGCCCGCGUUCUAAUGGAGAGAAACCAAUAUAAAGAGAGAUUGAUGGAGCUUCAGGAAGCUGUUCGAUGGACAGAGAUGAUUCGUGCAUCAAGAGAAAAUCCAGCCAUGCAGGAAAAAAAAAGGUCAAGCAUUUGGCAGUUUUUCAGCCGACUUUUCAGCUCUUCAAGUAAUACUACUAAGAAGCCUGAACCACCUGUUAAUUUGAAAUACAAUGCACCCACUUCUCAUGUUACUCCUUCUGUCAAGAAAAGAAGCAGCACCUUAUCUCAGCUCCCUGGGGAUAAGUCCAAAGCCUUUGAUUUCCUUAGUGAAGAAACUGAAGCUAGUUUAGCCUCGCGCAGAGAACAAAAGAGAGAACAGUAUCGUCAGGUAAAGGCACAUGUUCAGAAGGAAGAUGGUAGAGUGCAGGCUUUUGGCUGGAGUCUGCCUCAGAAGUACAAACAGGUAACCAAUGGCCAAGGGGAAAAUAAGAUGAAAAAUCUACCUGUGCCCGUCUAUCUCAGACCUCUAGAUGAAAAAGAUACAUCAAUGAAGCUGUGGUGUGCUGUUGGAGUCAAUUUAUCAGGUGGAAAGACCAGAGAUGGUGGUUCUGUUGUUGGAGCAAGUGUAUUUUACAAGGAUGUUGCUGGUUUGGAUACAGAAGGCAGUAAACAGCGAAGUGCGUCGCAGAGUAGCUUAGACAAGUUAGACCAGGAACUUAAGGAACAGCAGAAGGAGUUAAAAAAUCAAGAAGAAUUAUCCAGUCUAGUCUGGAUCUGUACCAGCACUCAUUCAGCUACAAAAGUUAUCAUUAUUGAUGCUAUUCAACCAGGCAACAUCCUAGACAGUUUCACUGUUUGCAACUCUCAUGUUCUGUGUAUAGCAAGUGUACCAGGAGCAAGAGAAACAGACUACCCUGCAGGAGAAGAGCUUUCCGAAUCUGGACAGGUAGACAAAGCAUCUUUAUGUGGCAGCAUGACCAGCAAUAGCUCAGCAGAGACAGACAGCCUGUUGGGGGGCAUCACAGUGGUUGGUUGUUCUACAGAAAGUGUGGCAGCAGCUGCCACUUCCCCGAGUACCAACGGUGCUUCUCCAGUGAUGGAAAACCCACCAGAAAAGGAAGCAGAAAACAGUGAGGUUGAUGAAAACAUUCCAACAGCAGAAGAAGCAACUGAAGCCACAGAAGGCAAUGCAGGGUCAGCUGAAGACACCGUGGACAUCUCCCAGCCUGGCGUGUACACAGAGCACGUCUUUACAGAUCCUCUGGGAGUUCAAAUCCCGGAAGACCUCUCACCAGUGUAUCAGUCAAGUAAUGACUCAGAUGCAUAUAAAGAUCAGUUAUCAGUAUUGCCAAAUGAACAAGACCUGGUGAGAGAAGAAGCCCAGAAAAUGAGUAGCCUUUUACCGACUAUGUGGCUUGGAGCUCAGAAUGGCUGUUUGUAUGUGCAUUCAUCUGUAGCCCAGUGGAGGAAAUGUCUCCAUUCUAUUAAACUUAAAGAUUCGAUUCUCAGUAUUGUACAUGUGAAAGGAAUUGUUUUAGUGGCCCUGGCUGAUGGCACCCUUGCAAUCUUUCACAGAGGAAUUGAUGGGCAGUGGGAUUUGUCAAACUAUCACCUGUUAGACCUUGGACGGCCUCACCAUUCCAUCCGCUGCAUGACUGUGGUACAUGACAAAGUCUGGUGUGGCUAUAGGAACAAAAUCUAUGUGGUUCAGCCAAAGGCUAUGAAAAUAGAGAAAUCCUUUGACGCACACCCCAGGAAGGAGAGCCAGGUGCGGCAGCUUGCAUGGGUGGGUGACGGUGUGUGGGUCUCCAUUCGUUUGGACUCCACACUUCGUCUCUAUCAUGCACACACUUACCAGCACCUACAGGAUGUGGACAUUGAGCCUUAUGUAAGCAAAAUGUUAGGUACUGGAAAACUGGGCUUCUCUUUUGUGCGGAUCACAGCUCUUAUGGUGUCUUGCAAUCGUUUGUGGGUGGGAACAGGAAACGGUGUCAUUAUCUCCAUCCCAUUGACAGAAACUGUAAUCCUCCACCAGGGACGCUUACUGGGGCUGAGGGCAAAUAAAACCUCAGGAGCACCAGGAAAUCGUCCUGGAAGUGUAAUCCGAGUGUAUGGUGAUGAAAACAGCGAUAAAGUGACUCCAGGGACAUUUAUACCCUAUUGUUCAAUGGCGCAUGCACAGCUUUGCUUCCAUGGGCACCGGGAUGCUGUGAAAUUCUUUGUGGCAGUCCCAGGUCAAGUCGUCAGCCCGCAAAGUGGCAGUAGUGACACAGAUCUAACAGGUGACAAGGCAGGGCCAUCGACACAGGAGCCUGGCAGCCAGAUGCCCUUGAAGUCUAUGCUCGUCAUCAGUGGAGGAGAGGGCUACAUUGACUUCCGGAUGGGUGAUGAAGGUGGAGAAUCAGAACUUCUUGGAGAGGAUCUUCCACUUGAACCUUCUGUCGCCAAAGCAGAAAGGAGUCACCUGAUCGUGUGGCAAGUGAUGUACGGCAGUGAGUGAGCACAUCGGAAACAGGUGGAGACAGGGAAGCUGUCUCUUCUGCAUGGUUUAGUUUCUCUUUGCCCCUUGAUUUAAUGCUCUCUUUGUGAAAGAAGUUUCACCACAUACUGUGUGAGCAUUUUUUUUCCUGUUAACUCUAUAUUACAGAACCUGUCCUGCCAUAACAAGACAGGAACGAGCUGUGUUACUGCACCAGUGUUCUAGGCAAUUUCAGUAUGUUAUGAACAAAUCAAAGAAUGUUUCCUCUCUGCAAACCGGUGAAUUAUAGAAAGCAAUCCAGAUGUGGUUCACUCUGCCACAGUUCAUGUCACUCACUUUGUUUGAUAUGGUCACUUUUUAGCUGUCGCUAAUAAUGGAAUUAAUGGGAACACUUGAUAAGUGAAAUUGUACCAUUAAGUACAAUAAUGAAGUUUUCCCCAAUGUAUUAUAAAAUUGACACAAGCUAGGAUUAGGUGGAUUAUCAGGAUUUCUCUAAAUGUCCCAGGGGGCUAAAAGCUAACUGUAAAUUACUUUAACUUUCACUUUCAAAUCUGACAAAUCUUGUUUAUAUGGUAUAUAAAACCUUGUUUUCAUCAGAUUUGGGGGGUUUUAUAUUAAAGAAAUUAAGACUACACUAUUUAAAUAAAAGUUUCCUGUUUCUGACUUAUUAGAGCUCUAAAGUUUAUGAGGCCUGCUCUCCGAAUAUUCUGAUGAUUAUUUUUUGAGACUAGUCUCACUCAUUUUCAAACUGACGUGUCUGAAACGUUUAUUAUUUAUAAGGCUCAGAAGAUCGCUUCAAUAAUGGGAAUAAUGGGAGGAUUUUUUUUUUUUAAGGAAAUUGUGUUCUGGGUUCCUGUAUCAGUGAAUGGUGGUGAUUGGUUGAGGUUUUUUUUCCACGUAAAAAAUUCACCUAUUUACCAAUUGUUCUUGGACUGCUCUUACCAGUGAAUAAGAGCAAAGCUGCAGUGGAGAUAGAGUGGCCUAUGAACUGAAUAAGGGAUUUGGUGAGAAACCGUAUUUUCUCUUGUUCUGUGUAAAACUACAGAACAGCUAGCACUUGAUAUUUCGUAUGUAAAUGCCACCUUUAAGCUUUUGUGCUCUUUUGAGAUUAAAAUGCCAUCUUCCAAGAGGAAAACUGUGAAGGGGAAGAAGACAAAGCCGAGAUACCAUAAAGUAAAAGCUGACAUGUUCAUCUUCUUGCAUGUACCCCCCAUUUAAAAAACCAAGUCUGGGUGUAACUGAUUUUCUUGUUUCAUAAGUUUUCAGAAACCGUUAUGCUGCAGUUUUCCCCUCUCCAGCUUCUUGAAAAUGUGUGAUUUACCGUUUCCUUAAGCAAUAGUAAAUACAAAUUUUAAGUGUUAUUUUCAAAAUCUAAGCCUGUUGAAUAAAGGCCUCCCCGUUAUCAGAAGGACUCCCUGAAGGAAAAGUAAGCAAGCACAGGCCUCAGACUGUAUUAAGUGUUCUUAAGUGCCAGGGAUUUGUUCUUUCUGAAUGUCAUGCAGACAUAGUUGUAAAAAGUAUGCCAUUGUCCUUCAAGCAUCUACAGGAUUAAGCUAGAUUAUAAAUACGUGGGAUUUAAUGAGCUGGAGGAUCCGUUGGCCACAUGUGUCUAUAAGCACAUCGUGUACACAGUAAAGUUGUGGUCACUCUAGAUGGCCAGAAGGAAAAACUCCUUUGGUAGAAGCUGUACUAAAAGGAUAAUUUUUUUGCUUGAGGUAUUCAGUCACUUUUCUUCAAGGCAUCAAAACUUAAGCCACUUAUCCAUAGCUUGGAAGCUAUGUUUUUAAUUUAAAUCUGAGCCAUUUUUGGCAAUACCUAAAAAAAAAAACCACCCACAUUGUUAAACAUUUUUGGGGAAUGUUGUAUAAAUUCACAAAAAGGAGACACCAAAGUGUUUGGGAAUAUUAGUCCCAAGAAGUAAGCAUCCCAGAGUCAGACUCCAUUUGCUGUUCAGUCUUUUACGUGUUUGUAUGACCAAAUGUAAUUUGGGAAAUCAGGAGUUAAAGGUGAAAAAUACAAACAUGUUACAGUGGUUCUGAUUGCUCUUUUUAAACUUACUGGCUUUAACGUAAGGAAUAUCGGGGUGUAGCUAUUUUAUCUAAAGCUGUCAGAUUAUCUGUAGCCCUGUUAAUUAACUUCAGGGACUAGAGAGAGUACAGAAAUGCCUGUACGAGUUGUUUUAAGGGCUUGUCCUUAUUAUUUGUAAUUUCAUUUAAAUAUUUUCCACAGAUUGCUUUACUUCCCCCCUUUCCCCAAUAAUAGGCUUAUAUUCUUGUAAUGUUCACUUUGGUCGAGGUGGUAACGUUCACUUCGGUAACCAAAAUGUAAGUUUCUUGCAAGCAGCAAAGUGGUUGGUGUAAACUGCCUGUAGCUAGCAACUCAAGGGUAGAGAAGAGUCUCGAACACCUUGGGCUGGUCUCUCCAUGUAAAAAAAUGAUCGAUUGCCCCUGGUUGGAAGAAAUAAGGGAUACCCGAGAAUGUUCUUGUUUUGUUAUGCUUGGGUUAUGUAUGAGGUUGAACCAUGUGAAACUGCCGGUGCUCGACCAUUGCCAAUCUACAAAAAUGUCAGUAUCCUGUACACCAACCUCACACUUACUAUGAAAUGCAGGUUGAAAUCCCCGUGAAGCAAAGGGAGAAUAUUCUUGAAGAACACCGUUUUGAGAGUGUUUUUCUCCAACCUGUGUGGAUCUGAAUUUUUUAAAUAGGAACGAAUAUCUUAAUAGAUGCAGCUUGUUGAGAGUGUAAAAAUAUUUUGAGCACAAAGUAUGCGGCACAGAACUUUUCAAAUUAAGUGUGUUUGCAUAGAAAAGAUUAAAAUACAUUCUCUCAGUUGCUAUAUUGUUCAUUUCUUGUAAAGGUCUAACUGCAUUUGAGAAUAGACCCUUUAACAUAGGCUGCCUUAGUAACAAAACAAAGCAAAACAGUUGUCUCAUAAUAUUAACUGUCCUAAAGAAUGUGCGUCUUUCUUGCAAAUGCUGUGGAACUGAAUAUUUAUUUCCUUGUGAGUAUUAUGAUCGUUACCAAAGGACUCAAGCAGAUUUAGGGCUCUUCUUAAUUGAUCAUGUUGAGAAAGGGACUCAUUUGGCCCCAGUUUAUAACAUGGGAAGAGUAGAGAAGAGAGAAUUAAAUGUGGAAAUCAUAAAUGCUUUUCUAACAGGGUUAUGCUAUUUUGUCACACUAAACGUCUUUUUCUUUCUCUUAAAAAAUUAAGUUUUUAUUAUUAAUUUUGUCGUACAUUUCUCAAUAUAUUUGAAUAUAUUUUAACCAUUUUAUGUUCUGAAUUUGUUUUUUGUCCUAGACAUUUUAUCCAGACUUUUACUGGCCUCUAUAAUCUGAAAAAUGGGUUCUAGAGUGUCCCACUUGUUGUCUCUUAGAGGCUGAGGCUUCAUUUCUAUGAGCAAAAAGCUCAUUUAGCAAUGUAGUUAUUUCAGUAUUUAUUUCUAUUAUGGAACCCCUGGGGUUCAGAAUGUAACUUUGUACAUGAAAUAUAUAUAAAUAUGUAUAUGAAACAUG